ACACAGUUUUUGUAAUUUACAAAUUACAAAUUUAUUCGAUACACAAAUUGACCCUUGAUACACAUAAUUGUCAAACUCUCCGCAAUGACAGUAGCACACAAAGUAAGAACAGCGGGAGAACCAAUCAGCAUUACGGAAAGAUGAUAGCGUAUUCCUCAUAUGCGUUUUUAUGUAAAUACAUGCCAUCUCAUGAUCUGUAGCAUUGCAGUUAUCGACAGACUUGCGUCAGGCUCUGUUCGAAUUUGAUAGUAGACUACUGACAUUUGGUUAUGAGGGAGCAGUUCGUGUGUUUUUAUUGACAAUGAAAAAAGCAACAAUGAAUAUGUUAAUGUUCUUCAUCUUCGCGAGUGAAGUGCUACAUAUUUUCGGAAAAGUAACCAUAUUGCGUGGGCCGUUAAAGUCUGGGUCCGAUAACGUAAAAAUGAUAUGCCUAUCAGAGGAUGAUGGCGAUGCUCUUGUAUGGAACAAUGAUUUGGAUGUAAAAAACUGUCCAAAGCACUGUACACGAGUCCUUGAUGGAUCCACCUUUGAUGUUUUUCAUGAUAUAAAUAAUUUCAAAAAUGAUAAACUAGAUUGCAAAAUGAACACAAAUGAAAAUUGUUUGAAGUCAUGGAUAAAAGAUGGAUGGAACAUUACAAAUUCUUUUAAAACACCUAUGGGUCCAGUAUUUGAUCGACGAUGGGAACAAUUUAGACAGUACGAAAUAGUUAACAGUGUAUAUAAUACAAAUUUUAAUCUUACUACCGAAGUAAAGUUUUCUUUUUCGGUUCGGUCCGAAGAACCGAAAAUAUUUAUUUGCAACCGUAAAUACAGAUAUAAUAUCCAAGAUGAUUUUUGCUAUUUGAUCUUAAUAAAAACUCCGAGCGUAUAUGUUAACAUAUUCUUGAAAAAGUGUGAGAGAGCAGAAACAUUUUUAAACUGCAGCCGUGUUUUAUUAUCAAGAUACUUCAAGAACGAAGCACUGCACGAAGAACAUAAUCAAUGGCAAACGUUUGUAAUUACAUGGAAUGAUAAAAUGCAAGAGAUAAAAGUCUAUAAUAAUACUAAUGAGAUUUUGGCAUAUACAGACGAAGUAAGGCUAUUAUACCCAAACCUAUUAUACCCAAACAAUAAUUAUUACAUGGACAUCCAAAGCACUGAAAAGACCUACUUGCGAUUUCAUAUAUAUGACUUUUUGCAUACGACAAUUGAAAGUGCAAUUUUAACAAGUCCAUUUUUUCAAGUUCAUAAUGAAGUGAUAUGUGUACAACUAUUAGUUGGCCUUUGCGUUGAAUGCGAUGCACAAAUAAUGUUGCGUGAUUCCACGAAAGAUGUAGUAUUAGCAAAUGCAACAGUAAAAGGCUCACGAAAAAAAGCGGAUCAUGGCUUACCUAUGUGGCAAUCUGUCACUAUCAAAAAAAAAUUAUCCAAUACGGAAUAUAAUGCUUAUAAUGGGAUUAUGAUUCAAUUGAUUCCUAAACUCAGUAAUCACAGCUCAAAUCCCUUGUGGGCAAUAGCUAACGUUCGUCAAUGUCCUCCAAUUGGAGCUUUAAGGCAAGGUAUUAAAAUUAUUAAUAAACCUUGGCUAAAAUUACCGGGUCAUUAUUCGAGUGAAACGUGUCAAAAAUUAUUUUAUGAUGAACACGCUGUCGUGAAUCCUUUUUUGGAAGUCACACCAGAUAUAAAUCUAGACGAAAAUUGUUCUCAAGGAAAAAUUGGGCCAAAAUGUUCGAUUUCCUGUGAAUCUGAUCUAAAUAGUAACGUUGAGUGUAAAGGAAUCGAAAUUUGUUACGAAGACGGUUGCACAUGUGCUUCGGGUUUCGUAGGAGAAAACUGUUCUACACGUAAAAAAUCUAUCAAUUAUUUUACAUGUGUAGAUAAACCCAAUGCACCUACAAUAGUUUCAAUAAACGAGACGGCUAUUUGGGCAGUUAUUUCCAUACCAUGGAAAGAAGAAUACGAAGGAAUAUCGAUUUUUUAUUCCUUUGUCAUUCAGGGACACUACAAAUACGAUAAACAACAAUGGAAAAAAUUAUUUAGAAAUAUGACACAAGUAACAGAAUAUUUUGUGAACAUGGAGCCUGGUGUUACGUAUCAAGUUGGUUUCAGCUUAGAUUUUGAUGGUGUGCUGCUAGACAGUGAUUGGCAAUUAGCCGAGACUAAGUGCAAUUUUAUUGAAGAAUUCGAUGUAACAUCUGAAAGCAACAGCUUAAUAAUAGACUGGCGAAUCAAUCCAAAUCAAUUAAAUUCAUGUCCAGCAAGUUGGUAUCAUCUGGUUAUUUUCAAUGCAAAUUCAAACGACGUAAUUGUUUCCAAAUCAGUUCCAUCUUUUCCAUAUUAUAACAACUUACUAAGCCUGCCGUCAUACACUCUUUUUAAUGUGACUAUAUCUCAUAAAAGUCACAAGUUAUUUUCUCAGGAAAUUUGCACGCUUGAAGGAGUUCCAUUUAGAGUAGUAGAGCUUCGAAGUACGUUACCAUCUAGUACACAAGUCACUCUAACUUGGAGACCUCCCUAUCAACCGAAUGGAAAAAUAGUAAAAUAUGAAGUAAUUUUAAAGGUCGUGGAGUAUUAUGGUUGUAAACAUUUAAAGUUAUUUACACCAGAUAAUCACAUCAUUACAAAUUCUACAUCAGAGCAAACAAUUACAUUUUCGAAUUUACAUCCGUAUGCUUCUUAUAGCACGCAAGUUAUAGCUCAUAAUACACGUCAUUUCAGCACAGCCGCGGAGAUAAUUUUUAACACAACACAAUCUGAGGUACCAUUAGAAGUAUUUAGUCAUUUAAAAGUACAAGAUUGGAAACUAUCAUGGCAACCACCGAAAGAUUGCACAACAAUUUCUGGACCAAUGAAAGCCAGGAUAAAGAUACGCGGAAUUAGUGAUGCUGUUAAAUCUUUCAACAUCGUCCAAACAACUUCCUUCAAUUUUCUCAAUUUAGACAAAUUAGAACAGAAAUUAAAUGGUGUCGAGCGGUAUAUGGCAACGGUAUAUGUAAUAAGAGAUUAUUCAAAAAAAGAAAAUGCCUCUGCUUAUCAAAAAUAUGAAUUUGAAACUCCACCAACAGCUCCACCCAAAGUAACCAAUUUAGAGGUAGUUGAAAUUGAUACUCGUCAAACUCCUGCUUUGAUAUAUUUGAGAUGGCAAAGUCCAGUUCCACCCCUCAACGGAAAGUUGCGUAUUUAUGGUAUUCACUUAUGUGGCAAAUAUGAAGGAUUUUGCUCAAUUAUUAAGGUUUCAUUGAAUGAAACUUGUAAUUUAUGGGAUGAUUAUAUAUGUAAAGCUGUUCAAAAACCGCCUAUGCACUCUUCAACAAUUAAGGUUUUGGCAUAUAACAUGAACGUUAGUGAACCAGGAUUACCAGAUGUCGUGACUGAUGUUAUGCUUCGUAAUACAACGCCGGACGCACCUGAGAAUUAUACUUUCACAAUAAAUAACAACAGUGUGAUUGAUCUAAAGUGGCUUCAUCCCUGGAAGACAGGUGGUCAUCUUAAAUCAUUUCGCAUUCGAAUAGAAGAAAUCUCCUCAAAUUUGAGAACACACUUUUCCCAAUCACUUAAGAACGACACAAUAGAAUAUUCAGUGACACAAUACAUGCGUAACUAUAGCAAACGAUUGUAUUUGUACCCAUCAACGCAAUACACGAUUCAAAUUCAAGCUGUAACAGUUGCGAACGCGUCUAGCAGCACGAAGUUCAUAAAGAUCAAUACACCUUCAGCCAUAGUUUUUGAUGACACUCUAGAGGUCAUGGAAAAUGAUUCAAAUUCUAUGAUAUUAAUAAAUAUACCAUCUGUUUCAAAUGAUACACAAGACAGUAUGAUGCAUAUCGUUGUAAAAAGUCCUAAUACCUGCGAACAAUAUUCGGAAAUACCGGAGAAUUUACGAACGCUAGUAAGCGUGAAGACGAAGGAAAUUGCUUGGCAAGCUGCUGAAAUUUCGACCAAUGAAUUAGCUGGUAAACGAUUCAGGAUCGGCGACAAUGAAAUUUACGGCAAUUCGACCAAUUGCCCUUUAAAAUAUGGAGAGUUUUAUGAAAUACUAAUUAUAGUAGUCGAACAAAAUUCAACUACCUUGCCGAUCAUUCUUGCAAAAUCGGUUUACGUCGGCGAUAUUUCGAAUCUAUUGAUACAUUACAUAGCAUGGCCAAUAUCUGUAAUAUUACUCCUCGUGGCAGGAACAUCUUUCUAUUUAUACCAAAGGAAAAGACAGAAGAUGAAUAUGUCUCAAACACGGAACGAGAUACCUUUAUCUUAGAACACCUAUGAACCCGUAAUAAAACCUAUAAUACCGAAUUUAAAUGAAGCAAUGGCGGAACUUCAAAAUUUGGACCCGGGAGCAUGACCUUAUGAAGACCCUUUCAUUGAAAAGAAUACUUAUAAUACAUUUUCCUUAGUAAUUACAUUAGGUUUAGGCGCUCUAACUAUCGUAAAGUAAAAAUCCAAUUAUGUAACUGUAUACUAUAUUUCUUUUAAAUAAGAAACAAUACAGAAAUUAUUAUAUUAGCACUUUCGAGUGCAGUGGAUUAAAAUCCUGUAAGCGCUAUAAAAAUUACGAAAUACGUAAAUGUCAUAAGGGAGGAAAGUAACACUUUCUCCCAUAAACUAUCACAAAUAAGCAUUUUUAAUUGCGAAAUCACUAGAUUCAUUUUUUAAUAAAAAAUCUGUGUUUAAAAA